GGGGCGGCCAAGGCGGCACCGGGACCCCCCCAGCCCCCCCCCCCCGCACCGGGACCGGGACCGGGCCGCGGCGGUGACCUGGGCUCGGACGGCGGCCACGACGGCGGCCACGGGGACUUCAGGUGCCACCGGGUGCAGGAGUCGCUGCUCAGCUCCGCCAGCGGCUACAGCAACUACCGCGGCGUCCUCAACUGGUGCGUGGUCAUGCUGGUCUUGAGCAACGCUCGGCUCUUCCUGGAAAACCUCAUCAAGUACGGCAUCCUGGUGGACCCCAUCCAGGUGGUCUCCCUGUUCCUCAAGGACCCCUACAGCUGGCCCUCGCUCUGCCUCAUCAUCGUAGCCAACGUCUUCGCCGUGGCGGCCCUGACCCUGGAGAGGCGGCUGGCGGCGGGCUCCCUGUCGGAGCGCGUCGGGGCCGCGCUGCACGCCGCCAACCUGCUGGCCAUCCUCUGCUUCCCCGCCGCCGUGGUGCUCGCGGUCACCUCCAUCACGCCCGUGGGGGCCGUGUUCACCCUGGCCGUCUACACCGUCCUCUUCCUCAAGCUGUUCUCCUUCAGGGACCUCAACAAGUGGUGCCGCCAGAGGAGGGAGGCCAAAGCGGCCCCCCCGGGCGGGGACAGCUCGGCUGCAGCUUCAGGACCCGCUAAGGCCAACGGGGACGUGGGCAGGAGUGGGGUCGCCUACCCCAACAACCUCACCUACAGCAACCUGUACUACUUCCUCUUCGCGCCCACCCUCUGCUACGAGCUCAACUUCCCCCGCUCCCCGCGGAUCCGCAAGCGCUUCCUGCUGCGGCGCCUCUUCGAGAUGCUCUUCUUCAUCCAGCUGAUGGUGGGGCUGAUCCAGCAGUGGAUGGUGCCCACGAUCCAGAACUCUAUGAAGCCGUUCCGGGACAUGGACUACUCCCGCAUCAUCGAGCGGCUCCUCAAGCUGGCCGUCCCCAACCACCUCAUCUGGCUCAUCUUCUUCUACUGGUUCUUCCACUCCUGCCUCAACGCGGUGGCCGAAGUGAUGCAGUUCGGGGACCGGGAGUUUUACAGGGACUGGUGGAACUCGGAGUCGGUGACCUACUUCUGGCAGAACUGGAACAUCCCCGUGCACAAGUGGUGCCUCAGACACUUCUACAAGCCCAUGCUGAAGCGGGGGGUCAGCAAGUGGACGGCGCAGACGGCCGUGUUCCUGGCCUCCGCCUUCUUCCACGAGUACUUGGUCAGCGUCCCGCUGAAGAUGUUCCGCCUCUGGGCUUUCAUGGGGAUGGCGGCGCAGAUCCCUUUGGCUUGGUUCGUGUCCAAGUUCCUCAGGGGUAACUACGGGAACGCGGCCGUCUGGAUGUCGCUGAUCAUCGGGCAGCCCAUCGCCGUCCUCAUGUACGUGCACGACUACUACGUGCUCAACUACGAGGGGGGCCGCUGAGGGGGGGUCCGCACCCCCCCCCCCGGGACUGUGACGCUCGUGGGGGUCCCGGCUGCCCCGGGGGACACCCCCUCUCCUGGUGAAUUGAAUGUCGGAUCAAUGCAAUAGCCCUGGGGGGGCCCUGCUCUGCCCCCAGCCCUGGGUGCCAGGAGCUCGGCCGGGCCCUCCAGCCUCCUCUGCCUCCUGGGGCCGGCGCCAAGCUCCUGCCGAGGCACUUUGAAGGACGGUGCCGGCCCGUGACCGCUCUCGUCCGUCCCUGUUGUCACCUCCCCGGGAGCCUCUGGGCGCCCCUGGGACGCGCGCGGGGGCACGGCGCUGGCCCCAAGCCCUGGCCUGCGCCCGCGGGCCCCUGCUGCUGCCUCCCGGCGUCCUCCGGUCCUCGCUCAGCCACUUUUUAACUCUUUCAGACUGUCGAAUGCGGAGGGAUUAAAGUGUCUGGUUUUCCAA